UUCACGCGUUCUCAUCUCCUCCUCCGUGGCAUUCCUGUUUCCCCUCAAACCUUUAAAUGUGCAACUCCGACCGUCGGCAGAAACGGAGGACGCGGAGGCCCGCUUCGUGUUGACGGCGCACAGUCCCGUGAGCAUGAAGAGAUAAAACAAAUACCGACCCGUUAAAGAUAAAUGAAAGUGGAGAGACGAUGUUUGCUGUCGACUGAAGUCUACUCCGAGAAACGAAAUGAAGAGGAGGCUGCUUCGUGGUUUCCUGUCGGAAAUCUCAAUCCGGCUGGCGUUGUUGUUCGUGUUCCUUGUGACGGAGCAGCUUUCUCCCUUCUACCGUGAGAUCCAGCCAGAGGAGAUGUGGUUGUAUAAAUUUCAUCGCGUGGAGAGCGACCACGUGCCCACCACUCUGAUGUUUAGUGUGGCGGUUUUCACUCCGCUGAUUGUCAUCCUGGUCUUCACCUUCCUGAAGACGUCAGAGCGGGGAGAUCUGAAGGAGGCCUCGCUGGCUGUGACUUUGACUCUGGUUCUGAACGGAGUCUUCACCAACGUCAUCAAACUCAUUGUUGGCAGGCCACGGCCCGACUUCUUCUAUCGCUGUUUCCCAGACGGUCAGAUGAACCUGGAGUUGCGCUGCAGCGGUGACCCAGAUACUGUCAUGGAGGGAAGGAAGAGCUUUCCCAGCGGGCACUCUUCCUUUUCCUUCGCAGGUCUGGGUUUCACGGCGUUGUACGUCGCGGGAAAGCUGCGCUGCUUCAGCGCGGCGGGCCAAGGCAGAGCGUGGCGGCUGUGCGCCUUCCUCACGCCUCUGCUCGUCGCGACCGCGAUCGCCCUCUCCAGAACCUGCGACUACAAACACCACUGGCAAGACGUGCUGGUGGGUUCCCUGCUGGGCCUCGCCUUCGCAUGGUUGUGUUACCGACAGCACUACCCUCCUCUUCAGGACGCCGACUGCCACAGACCUCUGCGUCACAGAGAGACUGUUCCCGCCGCGCAGGAGCGCAAGCUGGCCAACUCCAACUACAUCCUGCCGCGGUAGAGCAGCCGCAACUCUUACUGCUGUCAUCCACACUGGGUUUGGUGACGGGGAAGAAAAAAAAAAAUGUCACGCUGACGUGACUGUUUGUGCAGGUGGGAAGAUGAGAAGCGACCAAACAGCUGCAUGUUUCUGUUUGUGUGUGAAACCAGUCGGAGUUUUGCACUUUGGCUCGUCGCUGUGAAUCGGGCUUGGAACUGCCGGAUCCCAGAGGUUUCAGAACAAACGGUGUGCAUUUGUUCACGACAUUACUUUGUUCCCCUUAGUUAAGGAAUGAAGUAUGUUCUGCAUGUUACGCCGUAAGCUCUCUGUCACGCUGCGCACACAACCUUUGUUUUAAAUCUUUACAUCUUUUAAUUUUUUUUACGUUUUAUUUCAGUUGGGAAUAUGUUUAAAUGUGGAAUGCUGCCUUUCUUUACCUCAGAAAAAAGCAUAACAACAACUUUAAGUGCUUUCCAUAUGUUUUUAUUGUCGAUGGAGUCAAAUGUGAAGAUGUCUGGGCAGAAAAAAGUUACAAUAGAGAGACGAAAUUUGAGAUUGGUCAAUUUUACUGGUAUUUAUGAGAUGGUGUACAAGUCUGAGUGUAUUUAAUCUUGGGGCAUGUAGGAGUUUACUUGAAUUUUUAAUAUUUCUUUGUUUAUGUUUUAAUGUGGUCAUGUUAUUUAAUAAAAAUAGACACUUAGCUUUCUAGAGGGCUCUUUCAGACAAAAAGAAAAGUCUGUUAGAAAAUCAUGCAUGUUUCACAGCUAAAUAGCAGCAUAUGUUCUUCAGUACUUCCUUCCAAAUCCCCACAUUUCCAUCUGUUUCUAUUGAUUUGAUGUGAUUUUCAGUUCAUGAAUACGGCACCAGGUUGUUAAAUUAUGUCUGGACUCCUCGGGAUCUUCUGUUUGCCGAGGGACGAUACUAAAACACCUGCCUGUUUGCUUCUUUUACGACGCUCAUCAUGACUUGCCUUGGCUCGUAGGACCAUGUAGCGGCCGCUUGGGCUGGAACCGUAUCCUGAUUGUACAUGUUGUGAUGCUUUCGAUGACUCUUUUGGUGACACUAAACAAUGUUUCUAAAUAAUCUUGCAAUACACACUGUCCUUUUGCGUGUUUUAUUUUCUUCAGAAAUGUGUGAUGAUUACAGGCACCUGU